CUUUGUUUCCAGCCAACAGAGAGACGGAAACAGUCAGGAAGACUGGAAGAAAAGAGAGAGACAGGCUGGAUAGACCAGAUUUUCCAUCGGAAAGCUCUUUUCUACUUGGGCAGCUUCUCUGACCUCUGUGCACUUUGAUAGAAAAUUGACAGAUCUGAGUGUGCGAGAAUUCUGGCAGUGUGUGUGAGAUUAAUACCUGUGUGUCUGUGCAGUAGUGGCAGUCAUGAGGAUACCCUGGUUGGUAGUGCUAGUGUGUUUGAGCUUGGCAGCACUUGCCUGGGCCAAGAAGGGCCUGGAGUUCCCCCGCUAUGACGGCAAGGACCGAGUGUUGGACAUCAACAACAAGAACUACCGCAAAGCGCUGAAGAACCACCAGAUGCUCUGCCUGCUCUACCAUGCACCCGUGUCGACCAACAAGGAACUGCAAAAACAGUUCCAAAUGACUGAGCUUGUGCUGGAGAUGGCUGCUCAGACCUUGCAGGAAAAAGACAUUGGAUUCGGAAUGGUUGACUCUGAAAAGGACGCCAAGGUCGCUAAGAAACUAGGCCUGCAAGAAGAGGGAAGUGUCUAUAUUUUUAAGGCAGACCGUGUAAUUGAGUAUGAUGGACUACUUUCUGCAGACAUCCUUGUGGAGUUCCUGCUGGAUCUGUUGGAUGAUCCAGUUGAGGUCAUUGAUAAUACUCUGGAGCUGCAGGCUUUUGACCGCAUGGAAGAGGACAUCAGACUAAUUGGCUACUUCAAGAGUCUGGAGUCAGAGCAUUUUCUGGCUUUCAAUGAAGCUGCUGAGCAUUUCCAGCCUUUUAUCAAAUUUUUUGCCACCUUUGAUAAAUCUAUAGCAAAAGAGUUGACUCUCAAGAUGAAUGAAGUAGACUUCUAUGAGCCUUUCAUGGAGGAAGCAGUCACCAUUCCAGAUAAACCCUACACUGAAGAGGAACUUGUGGCUUUUAUCACUGAGCACAGGAGACCAACACUGAGAAAACUGAGAGCUGAGGACAUGUUCGAAACUUGGGAAGAUGACCUGAAAGGCUUUCACAUUGUAGCCUUUGCAGAAGAGGAGGACCCAGAUGGUUUUGAGUUCUUGGAGAUUCUGAAAGAAGUUGCACGAGACAAUACACAGAACCCUAACUUGAGUAUUGUCUGGAUUGAUCCUGAUGACUUCCCUCUGCUGCUUCCAUACUGGGAGAAGACAUUUAAACUCGACCUCUUCAGGCCUCAGAUCGGAAUAGUUAAUGUCACAGAUGCGGACAGUGUAUGGCUGCAGAUAGAUAGUGAUGAGGAUUUACCCUCUGCUGAGCAACUGGAGGACUGGAUAGAAGAUGUGCUUUCCGGAAAGGUCAACACUGAAGAUGACGACGACGACGAUGAUGAUGAUGACGACGACGAUGAUGAUGACGACGACGACGAUGAUGACGAUGAUGACGACGAUGAUGAUGACGAUGACGACGAUGAUGACGACGAUGAUGAUGAUGACUAACCUGUAAACUUGAAUUCUGUGGAACCAAAAUGUAAGAGGUCUUUACUCGCUCAGGGACAUCUAGAUCCUGUAUGAGCACCUUAAUACAAUAAUAAUUUUGCAUAUUUUAGUGCACAAGCUCUAUAAAUGUCAAACUUUCAGUCUCGUAAGUUAAAAGAACUCAGUGUAAAACUACUGGCAACAUUAAUUUAUUUGACAUAUAAAUAACAACCUGCUCAGAC